UUUAAGCCUGACAAAGUACAUGGAACGCCUGGAGGAGAUCAGGAGAAAUUACAGAUAUAAAAAGGACGAGGUCUUUAAGAGACUCAAAGUCUCGACGUUCGCUCAGAUGGUGCUCCAAGUGGCCUCGGUGUCGGACCUGAACGAGAGCAUCACAGACAACGUUUCUAGACCUAAAGAUGUUUCCAAGUCAGCAUCAGGAGAUCGUUUGCCAGAGCACACAGACGGUUCGGCCCACUCCAGCCCUCAACUUGUCACGCUGGCUGACGGCAAAGAGUCGAGCGACAUGGCAUUUUCCCCCAGAUCCACACUUCAGAGUGUGAUCAGUGGUGUAGGAGAGCUGGAUCUGGAUAAGGAGGUGGUAAGGAGCAUGACCCCGCCCCCUCCGAGCGUCCCGUGUGCUGCCCAGCGCCCGUACCCGGACUGCCCCUACCUGCUGCUCGACGUCCGAGACCGAGAGCUGUACGAGCAGUGCCACAUCAUCAGCGCACACAGUUAUCCUUACACAAUGCUCUUAAGGACGAUGAAUCCUUACACCAAGGAAGUGCUUUCAUAUAGAAACGUUCAGGGGAAGAUCAUCAUCUUGUACGAUGAGGACGAGAGAAUAGCGAGCCAGGCGGCCACGACCAUGUGCAGGAGGGGCUUUGAGAAUCUUUUUAUGCUUUCCGGAGGCUUGAAAGUAAUCGCGCAGAAGUUCCCAGAAGGAAUGACCACCGGCUCUUUUCCCACCACCUGUCUCAUGUCCCUGACAGGACACUUGCGCCGGAAGCUCGCCGCACUCCAUCGGACGCCGCAGCCCGCAGAAAACAAAUGGCGUUUUACAUCCGAGGACCUCAACAAGGUUCAGCACUACCUGGAAGAGGUCCUGAUUCCCUCUAGUGAGACCAGCAGUCGUCUGAGCAGCAGGAUGUCCACCAGCAGCUCUAACACGAAAGUCUCCAGUGCCCUGAAUAGUCGACAUAACUCGGGGAGCGCCCAGUCACACAGCAGGCGGCCCUGGAGAUGA